AUGCAUUCGGAAUGUUAUUGUUUUUUCCUACAGACAUAUCACGACAAGCCGGCCUUGGACCGUGUUUGGGUUGCAGCAGCCUGGAGAAUCCCGUGGGUUGUCCGCUCUUCUCAAUCCAUGCCAAACAUUGGUUUUAUUGAACCCGGGCUAGUAUCAAUAAGCUCUUCUGCUGCAGAAGCCUUGGGUAUACCGCAACUGGCAACCUUGCCAUCUGAGGUUCUUCAGCUCAUAGCAGCUUAUUCACGCGGGAGUCUUGUCUGGAGAUACCCGACUAUCAAAGCCAGAGCAGAGGAAUUAUCAAGGUUCGAUGAGAGCUCAUCCGACGACGAUGACAUGCUGUACAAUCUCGGUACUGUGAAGAAAUGGCGUCGAGGACAGGAUGCAGAGUUCGAUGAAAAUCCAUCCGAGUCUUUUGUAUUCCGGCUCACCCUCGAUUCCCAUGGGCUACUCGACAUAGAGAGACUACCUGACUGGCCUGAGUACAGGAGCUGUCGAUACCAAACUUACAAGUAUUUCUUCAUUGAUUCUGAUGAAGCGGAACGUACUUGGAUAUAUUUCAGAUUUGGACAUGCGCGGAUGAAACUGAGCCCCUCAUUGUCAAGACCUGUUCAACUUUGGGACAUACCAAGUCCACCAAGUCCGCGCACCAAAGGGCUUGAGGUUCUCUUAUUCCCACGUCGUGUAGAUGCUACUUGCAUUCGCACCCUCGAUCUACGCAAUAUUACUGGCAUUACCUUCUUUUACUACAGGGGCACUUUGAUGGGACUCCAUGCUCACACCCUCGAAGACCCGACAGCGUUGACUACUGUUAGGGACAUUCUUUCAGAUUAUGAGCCCUAUUUGGUCUGGAUAUACAUGCCCAUAGCACAUGGCGAUCGUAUCAUGAGGUUUGGCCUUCGGACUUGGAGAAACGACCGCGAGGAACCGGCGAACCAUCAUAUGGCUGUAUUGAUGACCACGAAGCUUGCUGGCGACUUCUCUCUCGGUCCAAAUUUCAAUGAAGAAGAUAUGAAUUACAUCUUUCAGGGAACGCCCGCCGUUCUUUUUCACAACACGCCAGCAAAGGGGGGGAUCACACUGUUAGGCUUAGCAGGUGGCAAAACUCAAGAGAGGCUACGCGCCCCUAGAUUUCCCAUCAUCGCCCUCUCAAUUGAUCAGUUGAUUAAUGGAGGCGAUGCUAUUACAGUGGACAUUUCACUGAAAAACGCUGUCAGAAUUGACAUUUUCACUGAAAGGUCCACUGGAUACUUGAGAGGUUUUAUUCUCGAGUAUGAGAACGGCGCACAGAGGUCCGCAGGGCAAUGCCGAGUAGGGGUUGACCCGGUCACGGUUUGUCACAGACCCGUGUCAUUCUGCUACCGCACGCUUUAUGGGGGAGAUCUUGAUAAGAACAAACACUAUGAACUUGUAUGUUGCUCGGAGACGGGUGAUCAACAUUAUGGUCAUGGAUUUAAUAACGGGCUGUGGACUUGUUCAGAUUUCGGACUGUACGCUAAGGCUUGGUGUGACGACGUAACAACCGACCUGUAUGCAUACACUCCUAGGUCUCGGGAGUUUAUAGUGGUAGAGUAG